AUGGCACAAAAUCACGAUCAACGACAAUCCCAUCGCCGGAUUUUGGUUACAUCAUUAAAUUAUAUUACAAUUGAAAUGACAACCAGAAAGAUCAAUAAUAAUUUGCCUUCUCAAAUGACGGCAACCGAAGAACCGCCAAGUAAAAAAACUAAAUAUUCCAAACUCCGUAAUAUAAUACCAGAAGAAGAAAUGGAUGUUGACACUGAACCAGAAUUAACUCUUCCCGUUGCGAUUAAAAAUGAAGACAUCAGAGCAAUUGACUAUUUAUUGAAUAAAAAAAUUGACGUUAACAUUAAUCAAGAAUCUUCUCCACCGGCUCUUGAUCUAGCCGUCGAAACACAAAAUUCAGAAGUAAUUAAUAAAAAAGUAAACUUAAGAGAUCAAGGUCAUCCGACACAUCUUAAUGUGGCCAUCAAGUCUGUUUACUUUGAGAGACUUCGACUAUUAAUGAACUCUGUUGAAGAUAUCAAAGAAAUCGUUAGUAUAUUUCAUCCACUGUAUUAUGCAGCCCAAUAUAAUGCUGUCGAAGAAGCUGAGUAUUUAAUUGCCCAAGGUGCUGAUGUUGAAACUUUUAAUAAUAAUUCAUCGUCGCCAUUUUAUCAAUGCACGCCAUUAAGCGUCGCGAUUAAUUGUGGAAGUUUUGAAAUGGCUCAAUUACUAAUAAAUAACCAAGCUAGCGUUCACACUCAGACAAAAUGGGAUAAAAAACCAAUAGACUUAGCUAUCGAAAAAGGAGAUGAUAUUCAUUCUAAUUGUCUCCACAGAUUGUCAGACUUUUAUCAGUAUACUCCAUUACAUGUUGCUAUUCAGCAAGGAAGUUUCGAAGUUGCUCAAUUCCUUCUUAGUAAAGGUGCCGAUGUUAACAUUUGUGGAAAAAAUGGCGAAACACCGCUUAAAAUUGCCAUUGAAAAGAAGAAUUCUGAACUAUUUCAGUUACUCUUCGAUGCUGAAGCUAAAAUACAUAAUUGUCCGAAUGAAGAUUCACCUUUACAUCAAGCUGUUGCUGAAAAUAAUCAUUACGUUACGAAGUUUUUACUCGAACGUGGAUUUGAUGUUAAUGUAAUAUGUAAAUGUCCAGUGUCUAAAUAUUCAGGCUACACGCCACUGCAACUUGCCGUAAGCACAGAAAAUUUGGAAAUUAUAAAUUUAUUAUUCAAAUAUAAAGCGGAUGUUAAUAAAAACACUAAAAAAUUAGGAUCAGUCAUUGGAAUAGCUGUGGAUCAAAGUAAUUAUGAGUUGUACGAGUUGUUAUUAAAAGCUGGUGCAGAUAUUAGAAAAUCUACAAAUAUGACACUCUUACAUAGAGCUGUCGGUGUAAACAAUUAUCGUAUAGCUGAUGAUUUAAUUGAACGCGGUGCAGAUGUUAACGUAAUUAAGAGAUUUGAAACUUCAAAGUACCGUGGUUGCUCACCGUUACGGUUACAAAUUUCAAUUAUGAAUGAAAAUAAAGAAAUCGCAUCAUUGCUUCUUGAAAAACAGGCAAAAGUUCAUGAUAAAAAGUUUGUUGAAACUCCACUUGGUAUCGCUUGCGAGUGCGACGAAACCUUACUUUAUCACGCAGUAAGUAGUGGUCAUAUAAAAAUAGUUGAGCUUUUGCUUGAAAAUGGUGCCAAAGUAAAUGCAAUUAAUGAUUCGGGUGAAACAGCUCUUAUCGCAGCGGUUCUAGGAAAUAAUUUAGAGCUGAUGAAAAUUCUAAUCAAUGCUGGAGCUCAGGUGAAUUUACGUAACAACAAACAUCAUUUACCAUUACACCGGGCAGUUCAGCGUAGAAAUUAUAGUAUUACUCGAUAUUUAAUCGAACAAGGAGCUGAUAUUAAUAGUGUUCGCUUUAACAGAACGCCACUGACUCAUACUUGCUCCAUUGGGAGUAAAGAUAUAGCUGAGCUUUUGAUUAAAAAUGGAGCUGUCAUUGAUGAUGGAAGAGUAUGUAUGACAGCUCUCGGCAUAGCUUGUCAGCAGGCUGAUUUCGAAUUAGUUGAGUUACUAGUAAACUUUGGAGCGAGUGUUGAUUUUCUUUCCGGUGAUGCGACUCCGUUAUAUUGGGCAGUUAAAUCGAAAAAUUUGAAUUUUGUCAAGUAUUUUAUUGAUUAUGGAGUUAAAGAUAUUAAUGCUGGUCAUUGGGGUAAUACCCCAUUGUUCUCAGCAAUUGGAAAUCAAGACCUAAAUAUAGUUGAACUCUUACUUGAACACCGAGCUACAAUGGAUAAUAAUGGUCCUGUGGCUCUUGGAUUGGCUAUCAAGACUCGUAAUUUGAAAUUAGUUGAAUUAAUAUUACAUGCUGAGGGUUCAGAUAUAAAUGCUCCGGGUCUCGGUACUCAAACGCCAUUGGAAAUUUUGGUACAAGAUCAAAAUGUAGAACUGAUGAAGCUUUUACUUAAUUAUCGAGCUAAUAUUGAUUUUAUAACUAGACAAAGUAGGAAAUUUAUUUUUCAUGUUUUACACGUAGGAACUAUCGAAAUGCAGAAGAUAAUAUUAUCUGAAAAUAUUGACAUUAAUUGCAGAGAUAUUAAUGAUAAAACACUCUUAUUGGCUGCUAUUAGAAAGAGAUCAUUUCGAAUAACUAAACUUAUACUUAUGAGAGAAGAUUUUGUCAAUAUUAAUGAUGUCGCCCAGGGCGAGUCUGCGCUUCAUGAGGCUGCUAAACAGGCAUAUCCGUUGAUAUUGAAUCUUUUAUUAAAUGCUGGAGCUGAUGUUAAUCUUGUAAAUAAAGCCGAUCAAACGGCUAUAAAUACAACCAAUAUUGAGAGAAUUAAAAAAAUUAUUAGGGAACACAUGGUAAAAUUGAAGGCCGCUGGUUGGUCUAUAAUUAAUCAAAAUAGAAAGGCAAUCAAGCACACAAAAGGGUUGUACGAUUUUUAUAUUGAAUGUUUAAAAGAAGUCGAAUUAAUGAAAAAUUUGAAAAUUGACAAAACUAUCAUGAAUUAUUAUGAUGUUAUGCAUAUGAAACAACAUGAAAUGGCAGUUAAAUUAAAUAAUUUUAACGAUGAAACUUUAAAUGAACAAGAGUUGCAGUUACAAUUUCCUUUGUAUGGUCAGAUAAUUUACUAUCGUUUAGUUAAAAGCUUACAAAGAAAGAAAUUGUUAAAUACAAGCACUAAUGUAUUUGGUACAUUACUUUCUGGUCAACUACCGUUCGAUAUUAUAAGAGCAAUUAAUCCUUAUUUAAAUAAUAGAGAUCUUAAAGCUUUAUCUCUGUGCUAA